AUGAGCAAUACACUUACUCUUGCGAUUGCACUCUUUGCCGGGGCGCUGGUGAUACUAUCAUGCGACAUUUGCAUAGAGGCAACGAUGACCUGCCCGAACUGUGGCAACAUGACCGUCCCUUACCCCUUGAGCACCGGACCAAGCUGUGGCGACCAGUUGUACAAAGUCCGGUGCAGCUUCGGGACGCUGUUCUUCAACGCGCUCAAUGGGUCGUCAUACGUCAUCACAUCCAUCAACCCACAGUCGCAGAGGCUAGUGAUUAGGCCGUCAGAUUUGGUCGACCAUGCUUGCAUGUCGGCCGACUACAGGAGCCAGGGAAUCUACCUCGACCCAAGCCUUCCCUUCAACAUAACCAGCAGCAACACCCUGGUGCUGAUGAAUUGCUCCACUGAAGUGUUGUCAUUGAUUAUAGAUUGUACACCGACCAGCAUAUGCCACGCAUAUCUCAGGGAUAAUCCCCUCGCAGCAGCCUCAUGCAGUAACUUCUCCUUGUGCUGCUCAGUGAAGACAGGCGGGUCCCAGAACGAGUACAGGAUCAGGAUCCGCCAGGACCGAUGCGCGGCUUAUCAGAGCUUCGUUAAUCUGGACUCUUCGCUGCCAGUAAGCAAGUGGGCGGCGUUCAGGGGGGUGGAAUUGGAGUGGGAAUUGCCUCAGGAGCCAUCGUGCAACUCCCAGGUGGAUUGCCAGAACUCGGCCAAUUCGAUGUGCUCAGUGGACCCAGGGAAGGCCGUGCAGAAACGGUGCUUUUGCCAAUCCGGAUUUCGGUGGGAUCCAAUCCCCGGUGUAUGUUACAAUAUCAAGUGUCCAAGACCAGAAGAUUGCAAGAAGCAAAGCAAAAGUCCAUUAAUUGGAGGUUUAACCUUCAGCGCUGCUGCAGUCCUGUUCGGCUUUGCGGUUCUUUUUGCAGUCCACCGGCAGCGCGAGAGCAUCAAGAGGGAAGCACAACUUAGUUUGACCAAAAUGCGUGAAGACAUCCUAAAUGCCAAUUGCAGCGGCAAAGCAGCCAAAAUCUUCACGGGGAAAGAGAUUACAAGAGCCACAAGCAACUUCUCAAGGGAGAACCUCCUUGGUGCUGGUGGCUUCGGUGAGGUCUUCAAGGGCACGCUUGACGACGGAACUGUAAUUGCCGUCAAGCGAGCCAAACUCGGGAAUACAAAGGGAAUAGACCAAAUCCUGAACGAGGUCCGGAUCCUUUGCCAGGUGAAUCACCGGAGCCUGGUGAUAUUGCUGGGUUGCUGUGUGGAUCUCGAGCUGCCUCUUCUAAUUUACGAGUACAUACCUUACGGAAAUCUUUUCGACCAUCUUCACGGUGCAUACAAAUGUAAAUGGGCUCCGCUCACGUGGUACCGUCGGCUCAACAUCGCCCACCAAACAGCCGAGGGACUUGCAUAUCUUCAUACUUCAGCCGUACCGCCCAUUUUCCACAGGGAUAUCAAAUCUAGUAACAUACUACUAGAUGAAAAGCUCGAUGCUAAAGUGUCCGAUUUCGGGUUAUCGAGGUUAGCUGAGACAGAUGCAACUCAUAUCACGACUUGCGCUCAAGGAACACUCGGUUAUCUUGAUCCCGAAUACUAUCUGAAUUUUCAACUUACUGAUAAGAGUGAUGUAUACAGUUUUGGGGUUGUUCUACUGGAGUUGCUGACGUCGAAGAAGGCCAUCGACUUCAAUCGAGACGAGGAAGAUGUAAACUUGGUAAUACAUAUCAAGAAGAUUCUGAAAGAAGAGAGACUGAUGGACGGAGUCGAUCCAGCGAUCAAAGAGGGUGCCACGAAGUUGGAAUUGGAGACUAUGAAGGCACUCGGAUAUCUCGCGUCAUCAUGCUUGGACGAGCGGAGGCAAAACCGCCCCAACAUGAAGGAAGUAGCCGAUGAAAUCGGAUACAUCAUAAGUAUACUUCAAGGAGGCUUGCUCGUGCGGCUGUUCACCGGUUCCGGUGAGGGCGUCGCGGUCGGAGCUCCGGCGAAGGGCAGCAGCGCACGGCAAGGAGCAGCAGCAGCUCGGGGCAGAGGGCAACGCCGGGUCGUCGGAUCGCUGGGUCUGUGGCAUCGGGUCACUGAGCGGAGGUCGCUGUGGUCGGAUAUAGAUGCAGGAGCGGAGCAAAGCGAGCACGGUGGUGCGGUGCGGUGCAGGGAUGCGGACUCGCAGGCGAGAGUUCCGGUGAGAUGGGACAGCGACGACUUCGUGGGUCCGGGGCAGAUCUGCUGGGCGUGGGAGCAGGAGCGUCGCGGGUGGAAGCUCGAGCAGAGGCGGUGGCGCUGCAGGUCGCAGCAGAACCGGCGGCUCCGGCACGGGCUGCAGCGGCUUCGUGGCUCAGGUGAAGAGGCAGGCGCUCGGGCUGCUGCAGGGGCGGCAGAGACCGACGAAAGCUCGAGCCCGGCUUUGGCGGUUGGUAACGACAGCAAACGGUGGCGUCGCGGGUCUCUCUACAGGGGCACGGAGGUGGAGGUGGCGACGCUCGAACGGAGGACUCGGCAGCAGGCUUUGGUGUCGACGACGGCGAGAGCAAGGGGUCCGGAUCUGACGCGGUGGAAGAGGCUCGGUCGGUCGCUCGGUUGCUGCGGGGCGUGA